GUAAUAUCUUUCUCUCUGCACUGCACACCUGCCCAGUUUCAUCUCUAUUAAUCCAUCCAUCUCUGUGGACAUGGAGAAAUCACCGGGCGUCAAUGUCAGCGACGGGAACGGUUCCGUGGAUAGGCGCUCGUUUCUGGAGCGUAGUGGAUAUCAGCACCUGGAUCAGGGAGACCUGCGGGUUUUGAUUCCGGUGGUCCUGGGAAUCAUCUGUGUCCUCGGUUUCACCGGGAAUGUAACAGCAAUGGGGGUCCUGAUCACCAACGCGCGUAAAGGGAAGCUGUCCUUGAUCAACGCGCUCAUUCUGAACCUGAUGCUGGCUGAUGGUCUGGUCCUGGCGUUUGCUGUUCCCUUUAAGGCUGCUGCUUAUUCUCGUGCCACUUGGACCUUGGGUUUGUUUGUCUGCAAGACCUGCGACUGGUUCUUGCACUCCUGUAUGGCAGCCAAAAGCUUCACCGUGGCCAUCAUGGCCAAAGCUUGCCAUAGGUACGUCAGCAACCCUACCAAGCAGGUCACCUUCCGGUUGAAGACCAUCCUGGUGGUCCUGUUCUUCUCUUGGCUCCUGGCGUGCACAGUCCCCAUACCGCAGUGGCUCUUCGCCACCCUCCAAAGAGAAGCAAGUGGAAUGAUUUGUGUGCAAAGUGUGCCAGCCGAUGCCCAUGACUUCAUGUCAGUGUACGUCAAGGCGUACCCUCUCCUGGCUUAUUGCACACCUUUGAGCUUUGCCCUGCUCUACUUCUGGAAGGCAUAUGGACGGUGCCAGCGCAGAUCCAGCAAAACCCAGAACCUGCGGACGCAGAUCCGAUCCCGCAAACUGACCCUGAUGCUUUUCGGCUUGACCGUGGCCAUGGCCACAAUGUGGCUCCCGCAAUGGGUGUCCUGGUUGUGGAUGCGGCAUGCCCUGGAAACCGAGGGCACCUUCCCGCCAGUCCUUUUCACUCUUUCUGCCCAGCUGCUCAUGUUCUCCAUCUCUCUGGUCAACCCACUCAUCGUUCUCACCCUUUCCGAGGAGUUCAGGGAGGGGUACAUUGACCUCUGGCGUAGGCUCACCCUCCGAAAGCAACCGCCCAAAAACAAGCCAGGGCCACACACACCGACCGCCCCAAAAUCUCCCACCCCACGACCUGAAAUGUCAGCCCACCUGCCUCCCCAUCAGCCUGGGCAAACAGAAGAGCAAACGAGCCAGAAUGGAGAAAAACAGGAGAGCCCUACCAACAAGGAUGGAAUAGUACUGCAAGAUGUGGAGCAGUUUUGGCAAGAGAGGGAGACUGGUUCCCAAUCGCAUGAAAAUGACCCUGUGCCCUGGGAACAUCAGGUUUCCAGGGAAGGAACACAGUAAGACUCUUCUGUCCAUGUUCAUUGUUAUAAUCAACAUGAAAGCAAGAGAGAAAAACAUACACAACAGAUCAGACCUCACCUGAACUGAGCCCCAUCUGAAAUCAUCAUGGAUACUCUGCAUUAAUUAAUUGUGCUUUGUCUAAUUGUUGUUUUACUCCUCUUGAAAAAAGAAAAAUAAGAAAUUAUUUAGCUGUUAUUUUGUACUGUCAAAAUUCUGUAUAAUGUACUGUAUAUUAGAAUGAUUAGAUGAUAUGAUUGCUAAAGUAACCAGUGUAUGGUUGUUUUUGUGCACAGGUCCAAGAAGACAACAACAAUACCGAAAAGCUGUGGAUAGCUCUUUCCUGCCAAUUGUGUUAAUAAAAAUAUAUAUAUAUAUAUAUAUAAUGAAAAUGUUUAUUUGUUCACUUUUUGUUAACAGGGUUGUUUUUCAGGAUGUUAAGAUCUUAAUGAGUCUAUGGAAUACAAAAGGAAGUAUUUAGAAAAUGCUUUUGAGUAAAAUCGAUUUUAAUAUAGCAGCUGUACAUAA